AUUGAAUUCGCGCUGCUAAAUCCCGGCCAAGGCUGUGCAGCCUGUAGCGCGGCUGCAGGAUGAGCGAGGCAGACGGGCUGCGGCAUCGUCGGCCCCUGCGGCCGCAGGUUGUCACAGAUGAUGGUCAGGCCCCGGAGGUCAAGGAGGGCAGCUACUUCUCCAGCUGUAAGCACUGUUGCAUUGAGUCCUGGCUGAGCUGACUUGUGGACACAGUGGAUCCUUAUACCAUGGUGUGAAGAGGCAGUGACUCAAGUAGAGUGCCACAUACUCUGAACCAGAUGACCAAAUUAAGAGUUUUAAAUUGUUCAGUGAAAUUGCUGCUGUCCUCUGAGACUCCCAUUGAGGGCAAGAAAAUGUCCUUUGUGAAUGAUCUCACUGUCACUCAGGAUGGGAGAAAAAUUUAUUUCACGGAUUCUAGCAGCAAGUGGCAGAGGCGGGACUACCUGCUCCUGGUGAUGGAGGGCACUGAUGAUGGGCGCCUAUUGGAGUAUGAUACUGUGACAAAAGAAGUGAAGGUUUUGCUGGACGAGUUACGGUUCCCUAAUGGAGUUCAGCUUUCUCCCGAGGAAGACUUUGUCCUGGUGGCAGAGACAACCAUGGCCAGGAUACGAAGAGUCUAUGUGUCUGGCCUGAUGAAAGGAGGGGCAGAUAUAUUCGUGGAGAACAUGCCUGGAUUUCCUGACAAUAUCCGGCCCAGCAGCUCCGGCGGGUACUGGGUUGCUGCUUCGACCAUUCGUGCUAAUCCUGGGUUUUCCAUGUUGGAUUUCUUAUCUGAGAAGCCCUUUAUUAAAAGAAUGAUUUUUAAGCUGUUCAGUCAGGAGACAGUGAUGAAGUUUGUGCCGCGGUACAGCCUGGUCCUGGAAGUCAGUGACAGUGGUGCCUUCCGGAGAAGCCUUCACGAUCCUGAUGGACUGGUGGUCACCUAUGUGAGUGAGGCACAUGAACAUGAUGGACACCUGUACCUGGGCUCCUUCAGAUCUCCCUUCAUCUGCAGACUCAGCCUCCAGUCUAUUUAGCCAGUCCAGCAGCUGCCCCCACUGCAUGCUGGGAGUCAUCACACUCAGCCACCAUAGGUCUGGAAGGAGCCAUGGACAUAGCUCUGUCCUUGUGUUCCUGUUAGUUCUUGGAAAUGUGGGAGUAGCUGCUACAACCUGGAGAAGGUAUGGGCCCAAGAGGUGCCUCUCACCUGGACUUGAUGUUACUUAUACUGUGUCUGCUGUAGGGAAGACAAUUCACGGAAAGCCAUUUUCUGUUAAAAAUUAUGCUAAAUACAAGAAUUCUCUAGGAGUUGGAAAAUUUCAUACACUUGUCACAGGGCUCAGGGUUUGAUAUUAGAGCAGGAGAUUAGCUGUAGAUUAGCUGUGCAGGGACAUUUCUGUUGCCGUUGGCUCUGACUGCCACCUUCAAUGUCUUCAUUCUAAAGUGGGGUCAUGCUAUUGGGGGUGGGGUAGAAGUGCCAUUGUAGGUGUGUUGAGGCUGCUGAAACUUGUUCUCAGUGGCCAUGUGAGAUACGUGAGAAUACCUGGACUCCUAGUAUUCUUCCAUAGCAAAGGAGUGCCCUCCUACCCUCUACAAACCUCUCUUCAUGCCAGAGGGUUUCAUUUCAGUGGCCAAGAGGAUUUCACUGGGCUUCUUUCUGUGACUACCUCCUCCACUGGAAUUGGGUGACCCAGUGAGUCUGUACCUGCACAGGGGUGCUUUAGAAAUGUCCUCUUUAUGGCUUGAUUCCUUACCUUUAGACCUCCAGAUGUAAGUAACAACCUGUUGAUGUAAUGUGUGCUAAUGUAAUAAGCUCAGAGUUGCUGAUUUCUUGGCAAGUAUGUUUAUACACUGGUCUAAUUUUGAUAAUAAAAAUAGUAUUAAGCAUA